UGUUUAUUGAGUUGUUGUUGUUUUUUGAAUUUUAUUAAUCAAAUUUGCAUAAGUUGAAUAGUAAUUAUUCAACAGUUUGCUGAAUCAUAUUUGUGAAUUGCAAAAGGAAAGAGAAAAACACAAGAAGCAGAAAAAAUGCAUAUUCAUCCGAGUUCACCAAGCUCUUCGAUAUCAGAGGAAGACGCAGCGACGAAAAUCCAAGCGAAUUUUCGCGGAUAUCGUGUGCGAAAACAAUUGAAGCAGAGUUGCAAUGGUAAUUUGGCGUCCGGUCAGUCGAAUCAGCGCAAUACAAACAAUGCGACCGCAUAUCGUAAUGAGCGCUUGGAAGAGACCAACGGUCAACGUUUCAAAUCCAGUAAAUCACUAGACAAGGAAAAGUGUGCCACCAAAAUUCAGGCUGGGAUUCGAGGAUUUUUAGUGCGAAAAAAGCAGAGACUAGCAGCUGAUGCAGCAACAAAAGUUCAAUCAGCAUUCCGUGGUUAUCGCACGCGCAAACAGUUGAAGAAUUUAAAGGAAUGAUGGUGGUGGCGUCAAUCGAAACCAAACUAUUUGACCUAAGGCUCAUGUUUCCGACAUCAAAUCACUUACACUUGGUCUUGUUUUGUUUUUUUAGUGACAUCAUCGGCCGAUCAUCCAAUUUUUUUUUCUUAUUUCGA